ACCUCUCAGGCUCAGUGCUCAGUAUCUGCUGGUUGUGAGGCUGUGGAGGAAAAUGUGGAGGCAUUUCCAGUCGAACCUCAGACCUCUUGAAUGUUAUCUCUUUUUGCUGAAAUGAUGGAUGUUAAAUAAUCCAUCAUGGUGACUGAUGAGAUUACCAAAGUGCGUGAACUCCUGAAAAUGUGUUGAAUGAGUCUUGAAAGAAAAAGUCACAUACCUACGUUCAUGGAAAAGGUUCAUGUAUGUGAGUCAACUCGCCGUCAGAAUGCUAUAAUCGUCACUUUUACGAGUUAAUCAUCUAGUGUGUCAGUUUGGUUGUAAUAAUGUCUACGCAAUUUGAAGUGUAUGAAAUGUGCAAAGGAUGACGUGUAGCGAAAGAAUGGAGGGCGCGGUGGCUGCUGGAGACUUCACUGGGUGCUAGUGUCCGGGCGACCUCCUCUCACCAACACCCAGCAAUGAGGACCUUACGUGGUGGACUUGCACUGUUGCUCUUUCGCUGGAAAUAAGAUUGUCAGAGUCCACAAUUCUUGCCCGAAAUAAUUUUUAUCGAAAAAUAUACCAAAUAUGGCCGUCCUAAAGUCCUGCCUCUGCUGUAGCCUUCUAGUAGGCUCAAUUAUUGGGGGAGUUUAUGCAACGGUUGUGUAUCUUACGGCAUUUGUCAUUACGCUGUGGUGGAUACUGGAGGCCGAAGCUGGCGGUGGCCAGGACGCGGAGGUGAAGGACAUCCCAAUUCCCAUCCCAGCAUACCUCCUCUGUCUAGGUUACUUGGUGGUGACUGUGAUGUCCAUUUGGAUGUUACAUGGCCUUUAUAAAAAGAACGAGAGGCAUCUGCUGGCUUGGGUGUUUGCCAUGACUUUGUUCUGUUUCCCAGAGAUGGGCAUGGUGGUCUUCAUGAGCCUCGUCCACUGGAAAAUUACUUCAAGCUACGGUCUAGCAGAUCUCGUGUUCUAUAUAUUCCGAGCAGCUUUUAAUCUAAUGUCAGUCCUGUGUGUGCAGUCACAGUAUUCUACAUGGCGUGAUGCUGCCGUCAACAGCCAGACACUCAAGACACUAGAACAUCUGCAGAUGAGAACCAUGAAGAAAGACACCGGUGAGGACGGGAAGGAAACCGUCUUAUCGUACAAGAAUCCUGCCUUUGUUGCCUUUCCCGAGAAUCACUCUAUCACCCACGGCCAUUCUACCAUGCUUACUCGGUCGUACUCGAUGGCGUCCCACUAUUCCCCCGCUGUGAUGGCGUCUUUCCCGCCCGUGAAGAUGUCCGUUCCAGGCUGGGAUCCUUACGUCAGCGCACCGCGAGACUCCCAGUCGGAGUUCAAUGCUGCGAUGUUUACCCCGGGUUCUAUGGGACUGGCCCCUCACGCCCCUUCGCACGGCUGGGCGGGGAAGCUCUCGCCAGGCCGCCCAUACCCCCCUUUCUGUCGCGCCGCCUCCAUCACGACGGGCGCGUCCUGGUGCUUCGUCCGCCCUCGCGCCUCUAAACUCUGGACAUGUCUCCGAGCCUCUUGUUUUCUCUCUCUUUCCGAAAGUUUCAUGCCCCUGGUGAGCCCGAACCAGAGCGAGGCUGCCCUCGGCCCGCCGCCGGGGGACUCAACGUCUACCACCACAAUUCCCAGCUGGUGUACCGAACCGACGCCCCCUACGCGGCCCCUUUCCCUCAGCAGCAAUUCUCCACGCAGAGUCUUGACAGACGGAGAUACCUGCGUCGCGAUCGGGGUGUGUCCUCCUCCAUGGACGCCCUCAACCUCCGCGCGCCCGGCCUGAACCCGGGCGUCGUGGGCUUCCUCAGGGCCGCCCACGAAAGCAGAAGUUCUUUAGGAGCAGAGAGCGAUGACUUCAGGAAAUACCGUGACAUCGCCUUAUGACGUGCCGCCUCUCCCCACCCAUUUCUAAAAUAACCAAUUAAUUUCUGAUGCACAUACACAUGGCACUGUGUCAUGUAUGGUUGUGUUGUGAAGAUUGGUCCAAAGUGCCAAGACAUUUGCCAUUUAUUUUCGCAUUUGUUAUGUUGUGAAAUCGUCGGUUCCAUAGGAUGAGAGUUUGAAUCAGAUCCGUGAAAACAGUUUACCAAAUUUCGUAACUAUGGUUCGUUCUCAACACUAAAAUAGCUGUGAAACAUUCCGAACGUUUAUGACGCAUCUUUUCCAAACAUAUGCUCAGGUGUUUGCUCGAUCUUGUAAAGAAAUGCAAACAUUCGACUUUUCAUUACUUUUCAUGUACUGUAGCAGUUUUCAUGCAAAUAAAUAAAAUUUCUUAAACGCCUCAUACACAUGCAUAUGUAUGUAUGUAUAUAUAUACGUAUGUAUGCAUAUUCAGAUAUAUGUAUACGCAUGUUACAUUUUCCUGUGAGGCUAACAGUAAGUUUGAUAGUUUCUUUUCUCAAGAUACAAUCGUUUUCUGCCUAAAUAAUUUAACAGUCUACUAAAAAACUUAACUCUUCCCCAUCCGUAUUUUAAAUUGAGAUUCGAUAAUCACGGCUGAUCCACUCAUCCGCCAAGGAGUCUCUAGAGCAGCAUCGCUCAUCACUGGGCCGUGUCUGAUAAUGAACUACUGUUCGGUUGAAAAUCUGUGUUUUCUUUCUCCAGACACAGCCCGGUGAUGAGGAAUGGCAGGUCAGUGGUUCUAUGCUGCGCUGAAGAGAUUCCAUGAUUAAAAAGCUAAAAUUGUCUCACUAAAGUUAGCACGCGAUGCUCUGCAAAAUACUUGUUAUGACGGAAAACAAAUAAAAGAGCGCCAUUUUUUUUCAGUGACGCGUGAAUAUAUUGGGAUCAUGAAUUAUUCCGCGUGUCACAGGACAUUGACUCUUGUUGACAAAAAAAUGCCGAAAACAUGAAUUCAAAUUCACAAAAAAAUAUUGAGAAUAAUCAAACUCAGUAAUUAUACUAAUUGCUUAGUUAACCCGAUACCUUUUCGUGUUCAUAAUCUAUUUAAUAGAUGAUGCUUUAUAGUCGGAUAAGUCCAAAGCUAUUCGAAAGUUGGAGAUUGGUGUACUUUACCUACUCAGGUUAGACUAUGGUCUAGAAAAUAUCAAAUCCCUGCUGUAGCAACGGUUUCACGGUGAGCUUCGAACAGGCCAUUUAAGGGUCCGUCAGGUGCUACCAUCAUCAGAAGGAACUGAAGUGUGCAGUGUAAUGGCGUGGCUACAGUAGGUACUUUUUAUAUAUGAAAUAUAUUAAAUACUAUAAUAUUUAUACAUUAUAAUAUAGAUGAAUAAAACACAUAUAAUUAA